GGCGCCCCGUAUGACUUUAUUUGUACGAAAAAAUCAAACAAAAUUAAUAUAUAUGACGAAAGUAAUAUAUAUGACGAAAGUGAAAUAAAUUUAAAAUGGAAUAAAAUAUUCAAAGGACGAAAGAAGUAUAUAUAGGACGAAAUUUAUGUAUAAAAUGCGAAACCAACCUGUAUACAGGACAAAAGUACAAUUAAACUGAGGACAUAUUACAAAGGGCGCCUCAUAGGUGCGGCCGAGGUCGCCGGUCUUUUGCAUGCGAAGUUGCCUCGACUGCAAAUGCCAACGUUAGGUCUGUGAAUUAACUCCAAAAUUUGCAAAAAAGAAAUCUUCAAACAUGGUCAAAGUUUCGUUAGUCGUGAUGAGUGUUUUGGCAUUACAGCCAUUUAUUGUCACGAUAGUGGAGGACGUUAGCUUGUUUUCCUUCACAUCUCCAACCACGCCAACUGAGGAAGAAGGGAAUAAAGACCAGGAUGAAGGGUUUACGAGACCUACUAAUCCGCUGCCAGUGAACCUUGAAAAGACAGAUAACCCUCAUGUUGAUUCUGCAGACACCAAAGUGCCAGAGAUGGAUCCAGGACUCAUUCCAUUGAGUACAGACAACCUGAACCAGACAGCAGAUAAGAUCAGUGGACGUGAAAAGCGAGCCCCAAAGUUUAAACCUGGCCCAAAUGGAGACCUUUGCAUAUUGAGUGAUACUAGUGCUGACUCUACUUAUGAAUUCACUGACCCUUCAACUGAUCGCCACUGUCAAUGUGACUUAUGUGAAAAUGGGAAAAUCGUUAAAAGGGAUUGCACAUGCAACCAAGAUCCACAGGACAAUCGACAAACAGAAUGUGAACUGGUACGCCCUGGACAAAUAAUGCAAGCGCGGAACAAAUGCAAGUUAGCAUAUAACUGCACUGUCUGCAAUUACCCAUGGAUUGUGGAUGAGCAUGAAAAAUGCAAGCCAGCUGGUCCUGACACUACUUGUACAUGUGGACCAGAUGGGUACUUGGUAACUCGUAAUGAUUGUCGGCCGGUGCCUCGUUGCAGUAAGGAUCAUGAACCAAUAUCUGGAGGUGGUGAGCAUGGUACAGAAAUGCGGUGUUCACCUUGUAAAGAAGGUUAUCAUCAACCAGAAAGCAACACCACAAACAAGUGCCGAAGAAUUGACCCAGAGGAGCGUGGAACUGCAACCCUUGAUGCACCCAAAUCAAGUACCACUUCAGAAGACAGUACAGCAGGGAAGUCCCCUCCAAAAUCAACCUCCAAGGCUACCAAAAAAAAGACGCGCACAACUGAAGGAGGUGCUACCACUCUUGCUCCUACAACAGAUGAAACAACAUCACCUACAGGAUCACCGCCGAUAAUCUGCUUAACGUGGAAUAUUGUCGUCCCUGUCAUUGUAGCCUGUUUCGUAAUUGGCCUGCUGGUUGGAGCAUGUAUACACAAAUACUUAUGCAAACAAAGUACUUCUGUGCAUAGAGACUUGCCAAGGGAAGCGGAAACUUUACCACUGAAUGAAGUAAAAAUUGAUGAUGGAAACAAUGCUGACAGUGGAAAUGACAGUGGAAUUCUCUCUGGGGAUAAAGGUACUGAUGAUGAUGGUGAAAUCACAUCCACUCUUCUAACUGAUAUGAGUGCCGAUAAAGAUCAAGGGAGCAGUGUUAGGAAGAGAGAUGGAACUCAGAAUCCUAGAAAUGGUGGAGACUGAUUGUACGGAUCUAACAUGAACCUUCACUGAAACAUCUUUCAAAAUAACAGAGCUAUUUGUGGUAUAUAUUUAAGUCUGCAAAGGAAAUAUAGUAGCUUUGAGGUUCCUAAAGCUAAGAUGGACAGUGUAAUUUCACUAGCAUUUUGAAAGCACUAAACGGCAAAGAUUAUUUUCACAGAUGGCACUUUUCAGCUGGCAUUUGAUUAAAAAAAAUCCCCUUCUCAUAGUUCCUUCUCAUUUUAGCUUUAGGAACCUCAAAGCUACUGUAUUUCCUUUGCAGACUGAAAUGAAUACCACAGGUAAAUUUGUCAUUACAAUUUCUUGUUAUUUUUUGAGUUUUAAGUUGUAUUAUGUGUAGUGAAUGUGUAUAAAUUAUUUCAGAAUUCUUGGACUUUAUAAAAAGGUGUGUGAUUUCAAGUGUAUAUGCUUUAAUCAAAUAGGUUAAAAGCCAAAAUAACAUUUAGUUUUAUAUUGCUGGGGGCAAAUUCUCUGCUUAUUCGUUCUAUGUACAUUUACUAAUUAUUAAUAGACAAACAAGAAGAAUCAUAUCAUGGAUGAGGGAUGUAGUUUGCCAAAACCAAAAGCAAAUCAAAGGCCAUUUGUGAAUUUUUUUUGCUUGCUUCCACAUCUACAGCUGCAUCAUCUGGUACAUUUAAUUAACCAUCCAAAGAUUCAUGAUGAUGUAUUCGUUAGUUUUUUUUAAAUAUAUUUAUAUAUGUAUUCAUUAUGUCAACCUGUUUGUGUUUUCUUAAGAAAUUGGAGUUUGGGGAUAAAAAGAAAGAAAUCAGAUUUCAACUGGUUAUUGUUCGCUUCAGUUAGAGAGAUCUCUUUUUGUAUCCUCAUCUUAUUUUUUAAAAUGGUUUUCAAACUUUUAAAUGGAUUUUUAUGUCAUUCGUAACUUCGUUUUGAUGGCUGUAAUGUAAAACGAACUCUUUGAUAGAUACACGUAUUUGAUGUACAUUUGAGUUUCCACCAGUAUCUGAAAUUGACUGAUAACAAUGAUCUUGCCAAAUAUUUUGUUUUCAAAUUGCCCUUCAUAUUCUUCUUUAAAACUGUAACAUUCUGUAUUAUUGCUAUUUUAAGUAGUCUUUGACUUUUUUGCAUCACUUGAUGAAGCAAUACUGUUGAAACAUUUACAGUAAAUGUUUGUAUUAUUUUUAAUAUCAGAAUUAGCUGUUAAUUAUGUUUUCAUACAAUUUGUUAACAAAUAUAC